CUCGCGAUAGUUGUGUAGCCUAGCAACAGAGAUGUUAGCCCUGGAUACCACACACUGAAGACUGGCAACCAUAUGCAGUCUACCAGCGGGAACCUGAUUGGGUGUCCGGGUCCGUCUCUGUGGAGUCUGAUUGUUGAGCAUGUUCCACGGUCUGAGAUGCCAAAGAUUUACGCCACGCUGGGGCGCUCGCUGGUUGACACAUACACAGAGCUACACGAUGAGGCAGUCAUGUGGCACAAGAUAUGGCAGGACAGCCAGCAGGGAGGACCUCUUGGCGACAGGCCGAGGGGGCCUCUCGCCAGUUCAAGAAGCCCCCUGGCUGACCCGCCGGUGAUCAAGGAGCUGGUAAGGGCCGAGGUCAAGAUGUUGCUGGAGAAUCUCCAAGAGAAAUUCUUCAGGGAGGGAAGGCACGACAAGGAGUUCUUAAAUCGUUACAACGCAAAGACCGUAAACUACGCCCUGGGUCGCCUUGACAUCAGCGUGGAGCCCAGAGACAAACUGAGGCCGAGCUCAUGCUGCUCCGUUCAGUCGCAAGAAGAGAUCGAAGCCGUGAAGGACAAGCUGAAUAUCAGCGACAUCAACAAAGUGGUAGAGCAUAUCAAGAGUAUCCUGAUAGAAGAAUGUGCAGCAUUGAAACCACAAGUACAGCACAUUCAGGAAAUGAUCAAAAAACAAUGUAGGAGUCAGACUGAGGCUAAGGACACAGAACCGACCCUUGCAGACUUAAAAGAGCUGAGAGGUGCUAUUCAAAAAGACUUUGAGCUCUAUCCAUCACCUCCCUCUACUGUCUCGGAUAAAGCAUUAAGGGCCACAUUCAGACAAAAAAUUGGCGAUAAGAAGUCGCUAGCUUUAACUGCUACCUCCCUCCUAAGACCACAUCCUCCCUCCGCUCCACCUGGACUCACCCACUUGAACUUCUGCGGCAGCGUCAGGCCCAUAAAUACCCUGGAGGCCCUCUCGAGGACUUCUCGGCAGCACACGAGUCAAAGUGUGGUCUGCAGCCGGACGUCUCGGCAGAAGAACGUUCGCCUUAAAACUCUGGCAGGAGAGCAAGUGGCGGUGGUACCGUCACACUCUGAGGAGGAGGAGUCUGAUCUCCACUGGCGCUUUCUCACCUGCUCAAGUACUUCACCUUUCAUGCCCUCACAGUAUCUCCAGCCGGGGUAAGGAGGCUGAUUAGUGGACAGAGGACAGCAACAAUUACUGCACUCACCAGCAGGAAGACAUGAAAAAGGAUCAUUGUGAACCAGUAGAAGGUACAGGACUCUGGAACUUUGACAUGUUUACACAACUGUCUCAACAAAGUGCAAAGUGUAGACCACUGCUCCCCAGACUACAAGAUACGGCCCGCCAGUGUCCAAAAUCCAGCCCGCGGGUAGU